AUGAAAUAUUUCGUUGCUUUUGCCGUUUUCGCCUUGGCUUUUGCCGCUGAAGAAAAGAAGGAAGAUGACAAGCCGAAGACCUACAAGAGGCUGAUCCCCGCCGAUGUUUUAAGAGACUUCCCUGGAAUGUGCUUCGCUUCAACACGUUGCGCGACUGUCGAGCCUGGCAACACCUGGGACCUGGCUCCCUUCUGUGGACGCAGCACCUGCUACGUCAGCGAGGACCAGCCACCCAGGCUUCUGGAGCUCGUUGAGGACUGUGGACCUCUGCCUCUGGCUAACCCCAAGUGCAAGUUGGACACAGAGAAGACCAACAAGACCGCGCCCUUCCCCGGCUGCUGUCCUAUCUUCACUUGCGAGGAUGGCGUGAAGUUGGAGUACCCUGAACUCCCCACCCCUCCCCCAGAAGCUGAGAAGAAAGAAGAAGAGAAGAAAGCUUAA